CCAAUCUUGAGCUCUAUCAAUUCCCAACACCUUAACGCGUACAACCAAAACCUGAGUCUGUGAAGAUUCUUGGGUUUACGCACACAACUAAAGAGCUCACAUGUUGCCUAUUUGAUUUCCUGCGCAGCCGUGAACAUGGCCCAAAGGCGACGGUUGGCCGCUUUCCUGGCUUUCAUCCUCCUCCACAUCAAUGGACUGCACCUUUCCCUGGCAGCGGGGACUGCUGAUGGUGCUGAGCUGGAUUGGGAUGCUUCUGAGGCAGGACCUGGGCCGGCCUCCAUCUUGAACAGCGAAAUUGCGCGCCUGAACAAUGAGAGUCUUUUCUGGGGUCCUUACAAGCCGAACUUGUACUUUGGUGUUCAGCCCCGCAUCCCUAAGGCUCUUUGGACCGGAUUGAUGUGGUCCAAGGUUGAUGACUACCAGGAUGUUCAAAAAGGCUUCCGGUACACCUGCGAGCAGCACGAAAUUGACGGCUACGGAUGGGACGAAUAUGAUGCCCGACGAGGCGGAAUUCAGUCGAUCCACGACGAAAACAACCAGAUUGACAUCACUACCUCGUUCGUCAAGGUCCCUGCUGGUGCUCAUGGCGGCAGCUGGGCAGCAAGAAUCAAAGGCGUUCCCAGAGAGGGUGCUUCUGCCGACUUAAAGACCAUGGUCCAUUACUACAUUGCUCAAGAAGAGCCUGAUUCUGAGCUAUUCGUCAACGAGAAAGCUAGCGGGCCUGGCUUCGAGGGCGAUGUCACUUUUCAAGGUCGAUCGGACAAGCUAGGCAAUUACAAGCUUGUCGUCACCCGUGGCGAGGGCGGCCGCCCACCUAACGAUCACCCUCUCGCGAAGACUAGGAACGGUGCCUUGACAACAGUCCGAUCCCUCAACUUUCCUCCGGAACUAAUCUGGCAGGCACGCGGCGUCGUGUACCGGCAGAUUCAAGAUUCGGUCAAAGCGCUGCAGACUGACUACGAGUUGGAAAAACCUCUCCCUCCCUGGGUCACAUACCAGCUGGAAAAUAGCCCAGGAAAGGGCAAUGUGCACAUUGUGCAGAAAAUGUUCGAGGGCGCUUUCGAGUUUGACUUCAUCUUCUCAUCUGCCUCUGCUGGGUCCGAAUUGACGAGCGCGGAUGUGACUCGUGAGAUCAAAACCAACAGCGAAUUCUUCGGCAGCAGGUUCUCUUCCAUCUUCGAUUUGAAAGCUCCCUUUACUGCCGAGAAAUAUCAAACAUUCGGCAAGACCAUGCUCUCCAACCUGAUGGGCGGCAUCGGAUACUUCUAUGGCGACCAUCUGGUUGACCGGUCCAAUGCCCCCGAAUACGAGGAGGAGAAUGAAGGUUUCUGGGAGGAGGCCGCGGCCGCCAGAGCCAGCAACCGCCCGGUCACCGAAGGUCCAUUCGAACUUUACACCAGUGUCCCUUCUCGCCCAUUCUUUCCCCGUGGUUUUCUCUGGGAUGAGGGCUUCCAUUUGGUCCCCAUCGCCGAGUGGGACAUAGAUCUGACGCUUGAUAUUGUCAGUAGCUGGUACAAUCUCAUGGAUGAGGAUGGCUGGAUUGGCCGGGAAAUGAUCCUUGGACACGAAGCCCGAAGCAGGGUUCCGGAGGAAUUUCAGGUUCAGUACCCUCACUACGCUAAUCCGCCCACCCUUUUCCUCAUCAUCGAGAGUUUCAUGGAACGCGUGCGCAGGGCAAAUGGGACACAGCCAGUGGCAAAAGAGGAGCCCUUGACAGCGGGGAACUUGCGAACUGCUCUUCUCGAUAAUGUCGAGCUCGGCGAAUCGUACCUGCGCCAUCUGUACCCACUGCUUCGACGCCAGUUCUUCUGGUUUAGAGAUACGCAGCGCGGUGAGGUCAAGGGUUAUGACCGUGAAGCAUUCUCGAGCAAGGAGGCUUACCGAUGGCGCGGCCGGACCGAAAGCCACCUCCUGACCAGCGGCCUGGAUGACUAUCCCCGUCCGCUGCCUCCUCAUCCCGGCGAGCUGCACGUUGACUUGAUGUCCUGGGUGGGUUUGAUGGCCAAGUCGCUCAUGAACAUUGCCGGUGCUCUUGGCCUCACAGAUGAGGCAGCGGAGUACGAGAAGAUUCUGACUGCCAUUCAACACAAUCUCAACGACCUGCAUUGGUCCGAGGACGAAGGCUGCUACUGCGAUGCAACCAUCGACGAAUUCGAGGAACACGCCCUGGUGUGCCAUAGGGGCUAUAUCUCUCUGUUCCCGUUCCUCGUCGGCCUUCUGCAGCCCGAUGAUCCUAAACUGGGCAGGCUGUUGGAUCUCAUCGGCGAUGAGAAAGAACUAUUCAGCCCCUACGGAAUUAGAAGCCUGAGCAAGAAGCACGAGCUCUACGGAACUGGGGAGAAUUACUGGAAGAGUCCGAUCUGGAUCAACAUCAACUACAUGGUCAUCGUUCAACUCAAGAACGUCGCCACCCAAGAAGGCCCCUUCCAGGACCGAGCCAAGGACCUAUACACCCGCCUCCGCAAGAAUGUCGUGGACAACGUAUUCAAGAAUUGGCAGGAGACUGGCUUUGCCUGGGAGCAGUACAACCCCGAGAACGGCAAAGGCCAGAGGACGCAGCACUUCACUGGCUGGACCAGUCUUGUCGUCUCGAUCAUGGCCAUGGAUGACCUUGGCGAAGCAGGACACGUUAGAGAUGAGCUGUAAAACGGGGUUUGGAUGAGAAAGGGGCUUCAGCAAGAGAGCCAAUCUCUGGGCGUAUACACAUUUCACAUUGCUGGCAUGGGAAGCCUGGACAUAGACCAUGUCACCGGAAAUAGGUGACCGAAUGAUUUGACGCACAUUUCAUGAUGAAUGAUGUUCCUGAGUCUUAGUUGUAGUUGUAAUAGGGGGUUACCCGUGGGCGCCGUUGACCUCUAGAGCUUUUGAGGAAUGCGUAGGUGGAGCUUCUAGGGCUGUGCCGCCCUUUCAGAUAUCGCUACUCCCUGGAUGAGUGACGGAAGGUUACUGGGAGGUCGACGGGAAACGCUUCUGAUAUAUGUGGCUAUACCAGGAGAAUAACAACUUGGG